AUGGUCGACACUAAAGUAACUUCGACACAUGAUGUCGAAUAUGUUGACGAUGUCAGCAUUGAUGAGAAUAUUAAAGGAAAUGUUCAAGAAGCACAAGUUUUCUCUGCUGCUAUGGAAGAGGCUCUCCGUAAGGAUAAGCCUCAACCAUGGAGCAAGGGUAUGAUUAAGUUAUAUCUGAUUUUGGCGGUUGGAUAUCUCUGUUCUGCCACCAAUGGUUUUGAUGCCAAUACUUUUGGUGGUGUUCUUGCUAUGCCAAAUUUUAACGAUUUCUUCAAUUCCCAUGGUGGUAGUACUCAGGGUCUAAUUGCGUCUAUUUAUGUAAUUGGAAAUAUGAUUGGUUCUCUUCCUCCUGGACCAAUGGCCGAUGCUUGGGGAAGAAAAGUUCCUAUUGCCGUUGGAUCUUUUGUAGCUGUCAUCGGUAUUAUUCUCCAGGCUGCUGCUCAAAAUACAUCAAUGUUGAUUGGUGGAAGAUUUCUUUUAGGAUUCGGUGUUGGUUUUGUUCAAAGUACUGGUCCUGCUUAUUGUAUUGAACUUGCUCAUCCUGCAUACAGAGGUAUCCUUGUCGGUCUCUAUCAAUCAUGUUUCUUUGUAGGUACUAUUCUGACAACUUGGUUGGAAUUCGGUCUCUAUUAUAUUGGAGACAGUCCCGUCACAUGGAGAUUCCCCUUAGCUUUCCAAUGUGUUCCUUCUGUUAUCAUUCUCUGUUUCAUUUACUGGUGUCCUGAUACCCCCAGAUGGUAUAUGUCCAAGGGUCAGGACGAGAAGGCAUUGGAAAUCUUAGCCAAGUAUCAUGCUGAUGGUAAUAGAGAAAGCCCUAUCGUGACCUUCCAAAUGGCCGAGAUUAGAGCUGCUAUCGAUGCUGAAGAUACAGGAAAGCGAUGGUUCGAUAUUAGAGACUUUUUGUUUACAAAGUCAGGAAGAUAUAGAUUGUUCCUUCUAUGGGCCGUUGCCUGGUUUAGUCAGCUUGAUUUACCUCCUACAUCUUACUAUUUCCCUAUUAUGGUCAAGACUGCUGGUAUCACUAAUGUUAGAAUCCAACUCUUGCUUAACGCUAUUCAAACACCCAUUAUGUUUGUAUGUGCCAUUACUGGAUCUCGCUUUGCUGUUGACAGUAUGGGUAGAAGAAAACUAUUUAUACUCGCAAGUACAGGUAUGACCCUUUCUCUGAUUGUUAUUACUGCCUGUUCUGCAUUGCAAGAGGGCCGUCCUGCUGUUGGUGGUACUGGUAUUGCAUUCUUGUACGUCUUUUUAGUCACGUUCUCAUUUGGAUGGACACCUUUACAAGCUUUGUAUUCUAGUGAAAUUCUCUCUACCGAAUGGCGUACUCGUGGUUUGGCCAUUUACAACUUGUUGACCAACUGUGCUGGGUUCAUCAACACCUACGUCCCACCUGUAGCAAUUCAAAAUGUAGGUUACCGUUUCUACAUUUUUUACAUUGUUUGGGAUGUUGUAGGUAUUAUUACCAUUUACUUCACUUUUGUUGAGACUAGAGGUCGUACUUUGGAAGAGAUUGAAGAGAUCUUUAAGGAUCCACACCCUGUCAGAUUUUCCAAACAAAAGCAAACCGUUCUUAUCAAUGAGUCUGGUGAUGUUUACAUGGCUGAAUAA